UAAACAUCGAUGAACAAAUGAAAUACGGCAACGUCACUCACGUCCGUGUCCGUCUGAAGUGGAAGUGAAUCUUCAUUUCAUUCGGCUUUUUGAAAAAUUGGUGAAUUUACAUAUUUUAUCUUUUAUUUCUAAUAUAAAAUGGCAGAUAAUAAGAGCCCUGAUGAUCUCUCCACCGCGAUCCUGCGUCGCAAGGACAGGCCUAACCGUCUCAUCGUCGAAGAGGCCGUCAGCGAUGAUAAUUCUGUGGUCGCCCUAUCACAGGCCAAAAUGGAGCAACUACAGUUGUUCCGAGGCGACACAGUGCUGCUUAAAGGCAAGCGGCGCAAGGAGACCGUAUGCAUCGUCCUAUCCGAUGACAACUGCCCCGAUGAAAAGAUCCGCAUGAACCGUGUAGUGCGGAACAACCUAAGAGUCCGUCUCUCAGACGUGGUCUCCAUAGCGCCGUGUCCAUCGGUCAAAUACGGCAAGCGGGUGCAUAUACUGCCAAUCGAUGAUUCUGUUGAAGGUUUGACUGGAAACCUGUUCGAAGUGUACCUGAAGCCGUACUUCAUGGAGGCCUACCGGCCCAUCCACCGCGACGACACGUUCAUGGUCCGCGGUGGCAUGCGAGCGGUGGAGUUCAAGGUCGUGGAGACAGACCCGUCUCCCUACUGCAUCGUGGCUCCUGAUACUGUGAUACAUUGCGAGGGCGAGCCUAUCAAGCGCGAGGAGGAAGAAGAAGCCCUGAACGCUGUCGGCUACGAUGACAUCGGCGGUUGUCGCAAGCAGCUGGCUCAGAUCAAGGAGAUGGUGGAGUUGCCGCUGCGGCACCCCUCGCUGUUCAAGGCGAUCGGCGUGAAGCCGCCGCGAGGCAUACUCAUGUACGGCCCGCCCGGCACUGGCAAGACUUUGAUCGCACGCGCCGUGGCUAAUGAGACUGGUGCAUUCUUCUUCCUGAUCAACGGUCCGGAGAUCAUGUCCAAGUUGGCCGGAGAAUCCGAGUCCAACCUUCGCAAGGCGUUCGAGGAGGCCGACAAGAACUCACCGGCCAUCAUCUUCAUUGACGAGUUGGACGCCAUCGCUCCGAAGAGGGAGAAGACUCACGGAGAGGUGGAGCGUCGUAUCGUGUCGCAGCUGUUGACUCUAAUGGAUGGCAUGAAGAAGUCUUCGCACGUGAUCGUAAUGGCGGCCACCAACCGGCCCAACUCCAUCGACCCGGCACUCCGUCGUUUCGGGCGCUUCGACCGCGAGAUCGACAUCGGCAUUCCCGACGCCACGGGGCGGCUGGAGAUUCUCCGCAUUCACACCAAGAACAUGAAGCUGGGAGACGAUGUUGAUCUUGAACAGAUCGCGGCCGAGUCUCACGGUCACGUGGGCGCUGACUUGGCGUCCCUGUGCUCGGAGGCGGCGCUGCAGCAGAUCCGCGAGAAGAUGGACCUCAUCGACCUCGAGGACGACCAGAUCGACGCGGAAGUGCUCAACUCUCUGGCCGUGUCUAUGGAUAACUUUAGAUACGCCAUGACGAAGUCGUCGCCGUCUGCGCUGCGCGAGACCGUGGUGGAGGUGCCCAACGUGACGUGGACCGACAUCGGAGGCUUGCAGAACGUCAAGCGGGAGCUCCAGGAGCUGGUGCAGUACCCCGUGGAGCACCCGGACAAGUUCCUCAAGUUCGGCAUGCAGCCGUCCAGGGGCGUGCUGUUUUAUGGCCCCCCGGGUUGCGGUAAGACCAUGUUGGCCAAGGCUAUCGCUAACGAGUGCCAGUCCAACUUCAUCUCCGUGAAGGGACCCGAGCUGCUGACCAUGUGGUUUGGUGAAUCUGAAGCCAAUGUGCGAGACAUCUUUGACAAGGCCCGAUCGGCGUCCCCGUGCGUGCUGUUCUUCGACGAGUUGGACUCGAUCGCGAAGUCCCGCGGCGGCAGCGUGUCGGACGCCGGCGGCGCCGCCGACCGCGUCAUCAACCAGAUCCUAACCGAAAUGGACGGCAUGGGCGCCAAGAAGAACGUGUUCAUCAUCGGCGCGACGAACCGGCCGGACAUCAUAGACCCGGCCAUCCUGCGGCCGGGGCGGCUGGACCAGCUCAUCUACAUCCCGCUGCCCGACGAGAAGUCCCGCGAGGCCAUCCUCCGCGCCAACCUGCGCAAGUCGCCCAUCGCCAAGGACGUCGACCUCAACUACAUCGCCAAGGUGACGCAAGGCUUCAGCGGUGCUGACCUGAACGAGAUAUCGCAGCGGGCGUGCAAGCUGGCCAUCCGCCAGGCCAUCGAGGCCGAGAUCACCCGCGAGCGCGCCCGGCAGCAGCAGGGGGCGCAGGCCGUCAUGGAUAUGGACGAAGAAGACCCCGUACCAGAGAUCAGCCGCGCUCACUUCGAGGAAGCCAUGAAGUUCGCUCGCCGCUCGGUCUCGGAUAACGACAUCCGCAAGUACGAGAUGUUUGCGCAGACGCUGCAGCAGAGCCGCGGUUUCGGCACCAACUUCAGAUUCCCAUCUUCAGGCGGCGCGGCGGGCGGCACGGGCACAUCAGGAGGCGACCAGCCCACCUUCCAAGAGGAAGCCGGAGACGACGACCUCUACAGCUAAACAGUCUCUGUACACCCCGCACAGGACUACUACAACACACACUUGACCUUCUCACAAGACCAAGAUUUACAGGUGGUUCAAGAUGGACCGAUAUUUCCAUACUUAUUUAGUAUAUUCAAACAUUUACUUUCGAUUCACGAACUUGACAAGGCAAAUGUCUUUUGACCGCACAGUUAAGGUGAGGAAAGAUUAGACGUGUCUUUUCCACGUUCGUCAAUCGAUCCCGAAUAGUUAAAAAUGUAAUGUUUGUGGUGUGGUCUAGGACCAUUACAUACUUAUGUAGAACAGUCCUUUCCAGUAAGUCUCUCAAGUGGUCUUUCUUACUAGCAAGCAAAUAGCAACAAAGCUACCAAUUGAAAUAGUAAUACUUACAUAUACAUUUGAUGACGCAGGAUUCGUCUGAAAAUAGUACCAAAGUACUUUUCAAACUUACCAUACAUUCGAUAAUGUCAUAAAAAACAAAAAGUGGUCAAGUGUGUUGCUCUCCCACUGCAUUUUGGAGCAUUUCCGACGUAGUAGUUACAAUUCCAACGUGACGAACACAAGGGUGGCGAAAUAGCGGACUGACAUUACUAAUAAGGAAUAUCGGUUUAGUAAACGGUGUAUCGGUGGCGCUUGCGUCUAUUUCCUAAUGUCUAAAUAUUACACCGCGCGCAAGUGAAACUGCGCGCGGUCAUUACAAAUUCAUCAAUUUAUGGAUACUACGAUAUAUAAAUGUAUUUAUUUUAUAAAUUGAAUCAUUCGAUAGCAUUUGUUUCUGUUCCGAUUCGCUUUAUUUAGUUGUAAUCGAGUAAUUUGUGGAACGCCUCUCGGCGGUAAGAUCAUAUGAUAUAGGAUAAUUUUAUUGUUAAUUGUAUUUCCCCAAUCCUGUGUGUAGACGGUCGGUUUGCCGACAUUACACAAUAUUGCAGUGAUUUUCUAAUAAAAGAUUUUUAUAGACUAA